GCGGUCUCAGGUGACGUCACAAAAGCCUCGGUUUCACCUAGAUAUUGUCAAAAGGAUCAAACACCUACACAGUUCCCAAAGACAUCAUCCGGACUAACCAUAGGAGCUUUGCUCUCAUUUGCCCCUGCUUCUUUAUCAUGUGCAACAUUGACCAAUCCAUCUAGUGGCCAGGUAACACUGACUACAAAUGGAGGAACAACUACGGCUAUCUAUACGUGUGCAAGUGGAUACACGUUGCAAGGGGACACAACCAGAACUUGUCAGUUAGACGGUACCUGGGAUAACUCUGUGCCAACCUGUUCUUGUAAUCAACCAAAUAGCCCCGCUAACGGUGCAGUGGUAGCAAACGGUGUCAACGCUACAUAUACGUGUAAAGUUGGUUUCACUUUAAACGGUAACGACGAAAGGACGUGUCAAACUGACGGUUCUGGCUGGAGUAACCAAGAUCCUGGGUGUUCUUUGUGUACUCCUCUGUCAUCUGUUACUGACGGGUCAUAUAGUACGUCAACAACUGGUACGGUUUCUUCCGCUAAAUAUUCAUGUCAGAUAGGUUACAGUUUAGAUGGUGUUAUCACCAUAACUUGCCAAUCAGACGGCUCAUGGACCAAGUCACCACCCACGUGCACAUGUCAAUCACCAGUUUCUCCAUUAAAUGGACUGGUAACGAUUGAUGGGUCAAAGGCCGUAUACACUUGUAACCAGGGAUUCUCGUUGUCAGGAAUAUCUACACCGAUUUGUAAUACAAAUGGUACCGGUUGGGGUGGAGCAGAUCCUACUUGUAGUAAUUAUAAUUUCUGA